UUUGUGCUUAUUCUCGUACGACGACAUGAUCACAAAAUCAGCUACACUCUCUCACUGCAAAUUCUGAUCUGUUUCGCUGUGUUUGCAGCACUUUCACAAUGACGAUGGUUGAUCAUGGCGGCACAACGAGUCUCCAUUGUUACCACCACUUCAUCUCCUUCAUCCUCUGUCUCACCUCAAUCUCCAUCACCCAUGUCGCAGCUUCCAUCCACGACUACCAGAACGAAACCUUCAUCCACCGCGCUAACUCCUUCUUCAUCCAUGGUGGCAGUGAGGGUCUCUACGCCUCCAAACUCCCCUCCUCCAAUGUCUCUCUCGCUUCUGAAGACAAGUUCCUCAAUGGCAAAUCAUUCAUCAGAAUCAAGUGUAGAAGGAUUUACAAACAUGGAAUUAAUGUCAUGAGCUGGAUCAGGUUUGAGUCUAUCACAUUUCGAAGAACAAAAGAGUCUGCUGAAAAGACGAAUCCGAUGCAGCAAAAGACAGGGUUGGUGGAGGCUAUAAUAGUUAAGGUAAGAGAUAGGAGUAACAUUGGGGGUGCUUAUCUGAACUCUGAUGCUAUAUGCUGCACCCCGGAGCUUGCCAAAGCAGGUUCUUGCAAGUUAGGAGAGGUUAUCAUCCGGGAAAAUCCGGAUGACCCGAGCGGGCCUAGACGUCUGCAGACAUUUUUCGAAGGGCAAAAUGAAGAGGCUACAAUGGUUAUUCAAACUGUUGACAUAACCAGUACUGGAAUGUAUUACCUGUAUUUCAUGUUUUGUGAUCCUCAACUGAAGGACACGGUGAUCUCUGGAAGAACUGUUUGGAGAAAUCCGGAUGGUUAUCUACCAGGGAAGAUGAUGCCGUUGAUGACAUUUUAUGGUUUAAUGCCUUUGGCUUACCUUUUUCUUGGCAUGGUGUGGUUUCUUCGGUUUGUGCAGUAUUGGAAAGAUGUGAUCCAGUUACAUUACCACAUUACUGCAGUUAUUGGCCUUGGCAUGUGUGAAAUGGCUCUUUGGUAUUUUGAAUAUGCAAAUUUCAAUUCCACUGGAAGCAGGCCAAUGGGAAUUACACUAUGGGCUGUUACCUUCACUGCUGUCAAAAAGACAGUCUCGAGGCUUCUUCUUCUGGUAGUUUCAAUGGGUUAUGGCAUUGUUCGUCCAACUCUUGGUGGCAUAACCUCAAGAGUCCUUCUUCUAGGUGUGGUGUAUUUUGUGGCCUCAGAAGCACUGGAGCUGGUGGAACAUCUGGGUAAUAUUAAUGAUUUUUCUGGGAAAGCGAGGCUUUUCCUAGUGCUUCCUGUGGCUCUGUUGGAUGCAUGCUUUAUUCUUUGGAUCUUUUCAUCAUUAUCUAAAACUCUGGAGAAGCUUCAGAUCCGGAAAAGUACGGCAAAACUUGAAUUGUACAGGAAAUUUACGAAUUCCCUUGCAGUGACAGUGCUUCUUUCAGUAAUAUGGAUUGGCUAUGAGUUGUACUUCAAUGCAUCUGAUCCUUUAAGUGAACUGUGGCGAAGAGCUUGGAUCAUCCCAGCUUUCUGGACUUUGCUUUCUUAUGCUCUCCUGCUAGUGAUCUGCCUUCUCUGGUCCCCAUCUCAUAAUCCUACCAGAUACGCAUAUGAGACUGGGGAUGACUUUGAUGAGGAGGUUGUCCGACUUGCUGGAAGUGGAAUUAAAGUGUCUGGGGAUAUGUCAAUCUUACUAGAAAGAAAGGCAUCAGGUCCCACAGAACAUCAUGUGUUUGGACUUGGAGAAGAAAGAGAGGAGGACAAGAGGGAGUGAUGGCCCCAGCUUCAGUAUUCUUUCCUUCCAUUCUUUGCUGUGCCUCUUUGUAUUUUUACUUGGGAGGGCUUAAAAAGAAGGGUCAAUGUCAACAUGAAGAAGCAACAAAAGACAGGGAAAGAAUAGAGGGCAGGGUUUGUUGAGAUCAUUAUUCAAUGGUCAUUCAACUUCUAAAUUCAAGGUGAUAUUGUGAGCUUUCCAGGAAGAGUGUUUAGAGGACAGCAGCUAUAACUGGUUAGCAUAAGUGCUUGGUAAAGUGGACAGAAUUCCUUACCUAGUAACUUAUCUUUGUAGUUAGUUACAUGAACAUGGUUCAAGUAACUUUGAUCCUUGUUCUGCACAUGCUCUUUUGAGCAUUGUUAAAGAAAUAGAAGAGAAAUUAUUAUCA